UGAGUGGAGGGAUUGGCAGAGAGGGGUGGAGGACACUGAGCGGAGGUCAGUGGAGGGAUUGGCAGAGAGGGAUGGAGGACACUGAGUGGAGGGAUUGGCAGAGAGGGGUGGAGGACACCGAAUGGAGUCCAGGGGAGGGAUUGGCAGAGAGGGGUGGAGGCCAGGGGAGGGAUUGGCAGAGAGGGGUGGAGGACACCGAUUGGAGGCCAGUGGAGGGAUUGGCAGAGAGGGGUGGCAGACACAGAACGGUUAGUAAGGUGGAUGAGUCUGGCAGCAGCGGGCUGGGGGGGAAUGCUAAUGCAGGC